AUGCAGAAGGGGAUCCGGCUGAACGAUGGCCACGUCGCGUCCCUGGGACUGCUGGCGCGCAAGGACGGCACGCGCAAGGGGUACCUGAGCAAGCGGAGUUCGGACAACACAAAAUGGCAAACCAAGUGGUUCGCGCUGCUGCAGAACCUGCUCUUCUACUUCGAGAGCGACUCGAGCUCGCGGCCCUCGGGGCUCUACCUGCUGGAGGGCUGCGUCUGCGACCGCGCGCCCUCCCCCAAGCCUACGCUCUCGGCCAAGGAGCCGCUGGAGAAACAGCAUUAUUUCACGGUUAACUUCAGCCACGAGAACCAGAAAGCCUUGGAGCUGAGGACAGAGGACGCCAGGGAUUGUGACGAGUGGGUGGCAGCCAUCGCUCACGCCAGCUACCGGACCCUGGCCACGGAGCACGAGGCAUUGAUGCAGAAGUACUUGCACCUGCUGCAGAUCGUGGAGACUGAGAAGACGGUGGCCAAGCAGCUGCGGCAGCAGAUCGAGGAUGGGGAGAUUGAGAUUGAGCGGCUGAAGGCAGAGAUCGCAUCCCUGCUCAAGGACAAUGAGCGCAUCCAGUCCACCCAGACUGUCACCCCCAACGACGAAGACAGUGACAUCAAGAAAAUCAAGAAGGUGCAGAGCUUCCUGCGGGGCUGGCUGUGCCGGCGCAAGUGGAAGACCAUCAUCCAGGACUACAUCCGGUCGCCGCACGCCGACAGCAUGCGGAAGAGGAACCAGGUGGUGUUCAGCAUGCUGGAGGCCGAGGCCGAGUACGUGCAGCAGCUGCACAUCCUUGUCAACAACUUCCUGCGCCCGCUGCGGAUGGCCGCCAGCUCGAAGAAGCCUCCCAUCACGCACGACGAUGUCAGCAGCAUCUUCCUGAACAGUGAGACCAUCAUGUUUUUGCACCAGAUCUUUUACCAAGGCCUGAAGGCCCGCAUCUCCAGCUGGCCCACUCUGGUCCUCGCCGACCUGUUCGACAUCCUGCUGCCCAUGCUCAACAUCUACCAGGAGUUCGUCCGCAACCACCAGUACAGCCUGCAGAUCCUGGCGCACUGCAAGCAGAACCGCGACUUCGACAAGCUGCUGAAGCACUACGAGGCCAAGCCCGACUGCGAGGAGAGGACGCUGGAGACCUUCCUCACCUACCCCAUGUUCCAGAUCCCCAGGUACAUCCUGACGCUGCACGAGCUCCUGGCCCACACCCCUCACGAGCACGUGGAACGCAACAGCCUGGACUAUGCCAAGUCCAAGCUGGAGGAGCUGUCCAGGAUAAUGCACGACGAAGUAAGUGAAACAGAGAACAUCCGGAAAAACCUGGCCAUUGAGCGCAUGAUCAUUGAAGGCUGUGAAAUCCUCCUGGACACCAGCCAGACCUUUGUGAGACAAGGAUCCCUCAUCCAGGUGCCCAUGUCUGAAAAGGGCAAGAUCACCAGGGGGCGCCUGGGGUCUCUGUCCCUAAAGAAAGAGGGCGAGCGACAGUGCUUCCUGUUUUCUAAGCAUCUGAUCAUCUGUACCAGAGGCUCUGGUGGGAAGCUUCACCUGACCAAGAAUGGAGUCAUAUCCCUCAUUGACUGCACUUUAUUGGAGGAGCCAGAAAGCACGGAGGAAGAAGCCAAAGGAUCCGGCCAAGACAUAGACCACUUGGAUUUUAAGAUCGGGGUGGAGCCAAAGGAUUCCCCACCCUUCACAGUCAUCCUUGUGGCCUCAUCCAGACAGGAGAAGGCGGCGUGGACCAGUGACAUCAGCCAGUGUGUGGAUAACAUCCGGUGCAAUGGGCUCAUGAUGAACGCAUUUGAGGAAAAUUCCAAGGUCACUGUGCCGCAGAUGAUCAAGUCCGACGCCUCCUUAUAUUGCGAUGACGUGGACAUUCGCUUCAGCAAAACCAUGAACUCCUGCAAAGUGCUGCAGAUCCGGUAUGCCAGCGUGGAGCGGCUGUUGGAGAGGCUGACGGACCUGCGCUUCCUGAGCAUCGACUUCCUCAACACCUUCCUGCACUCCUAUCGCGUCUUCACCACCGCCGUCGUGGUCCUGGACAAGCUCAUCACCAUCUACAGGAAGCCCAUCAGCGCCAUCCCCGCCAGGUCACUGGAGCUCUUGUUCGCCAGUGGCCAGAACAACAAGCUUCUGUACGGUGACCCCCCCAAGUCGCCACGCGCCACCCGCAAGUUCUCCUCACCCCCGCCCCUGUCCAUCACCAAGACGUCAUCCCCGAGCCGCCGGCGGAAGCUCUCCCUAAACAUCCCCAUCAUCACGGGCGGCAAGGCCCUGGACCUGGCCGCCCUCAGCUGCAACUCCAAUGGCUACACCAGCAUGUACUCGGCCAUGUCGCCCUUCAGCAAGGCCACGCUGGACACCAGCAAGCUCUACGUGUCCAGCAGCUUCGCCAGCAAGAUUCCAGAUGAGGGCGAUAUGAGCGCUGAGAAGCCCGAAGAACUCUCAGCUCCCAGCAAGCAGAGCUCGGAAGUCUGCAUGAGGGAAGAGUCAGAUAACGAUCAAAACCAGAGUGACGAAGGUGACACUGAGACAUCACCAACCAAAUCGCCAACAACACCAAAAUCGGUCAAAAGCAAAAAUUCCUCAGAGUUCCCACUCUUCUCUUAUAAUAAUGGAGUCGUCAUGACCUCCUGUCGCGAGCUGGACGGUAACCGCAGCGCGCUGUCAGCAGCCUCCGCCUUUGCCAUAGCAACUGCAGGCGCCAACGAGGGCACCCCAAACAAGGAGAAGUACCGGAGGAUGUCCUUGGCUAGCGCAGGCUUUCCCCCCGACCAGAGGAACGGAGACAAGGAGUUUGUGAUCCGCAGAGCGGCCACCAAUCGCGUCCUGAAUGUGCUCCGCCACUGGGUCUCCAAGCACUCUCAGGACUUUGAGACCAACGACGAGCUCAAAUGCAAGGUGAUCAGCUUCCUGGAGGAGGUCAUGCACGACCCGGAGCUCCUGACCCAGGAGCGGAAGGCUGCGGCCAACAUCAUCAGGACUCUGACCCAGGACGACCCGGGGGACAGCCAGAUCACGCUGGAGGAGCUCACACAGAUGGCUGAAGGCGUGACGGCCGAGCCCUUUGAAAACCACUCAGCCCUGGAGAUCGCGGAGCAGCUGACCCUGUUGGACCACCUGGUCUUCAAGAAGAUCCCUUAUGAGGAGUUCUUCGGACAAGGAUGGAUGAAACUGGAAAAGAAUGAAAGGACCCCUUAUAUCAUGAAAACCACUAAGCAUUUCAAUGAUAUCAGUAACUUGAUUGCUUCAGAAAUCAUCCGCAAUGAGGACAUCAAUGCGAGGGUGAGCGCCAUCGAGAAGUGGGUGGCCGUGGCUGACAUAUGCCGAUGCUUACACAACUACAAUGCUGUUCUGGAGAUCACCUCAUCCAUGAACCGGAGCGCAAUCUUCCGGCUGAAAAAGACGUGGCUCAAAGUCUCUAAGCAGACAAAAGCUUUGAUUGAUAAGCUCCAAAAGCUUGUGUCGUCAGAGGGCAGAUUUAAGAAUCUGAGAGAAGCUCUGAAAAAUUGUGACCCACCCUGUGUCCCUUACCUGGGGAUGUACCUCACUGACCUGGCCUUCAUCGAAGAGGGGACGCCCAACUACACGGAGGAUGGCCUGGUCAACUUCUCCAAGAUGAGAAUGAUAUCCCAUAUCAUCCGAGAGAUUCGCCAGUUUCAACAAACUGCCUACAAAAUAGAGCACCAAGCAAAGGUAACCCAAUAUUUACUGGACCAAUCUUUUGUAAUGGAUGAAGAAAGUCUCUACAAGUGUUCUCUCCGAAUAGAACCAAAACUCCCCACCUGAA